CCUUUUUUUUUUGACAAAAUUAUUAUUUUCCCCUUUACAUUCAAGAAAUAGAAAAUUGAUGAAACAGUUUCAUUGUUUUGAAAACAAUGCAAGAACUCCAUGGACGGAGCCCAUUCUUUAAUGACUGAUAUCUAGCCGCAUUGCUAUCGACACUCAUUUUCGUCGUUCAAAAGGACUUUACAUUGUAGGAUGAGUUUAAAAACUGGAUUUUUUUUUGUUGGUUUUGCAUCCUUACUUGACUGCAAGAUGAACCAACAGAUUCGAGGGGCUAAUGCUUUAUCGCCUGGAGACCUCCCUAUGAAGCGGAAACGAGGACGCCCUCGUAAGGACGAAAGUUUGGUCAAGGGGGAGAGCGUGCAGGCAGUGGCUGGAUCUGAGAGUGUGAAGAAAAACAGACAAAGUUUGGAUUCAGGUGAUGGGGUUGAUAAAAUGGUGGGCCAGGUGGUUUCAGGUGUGAUUGAGGGUUCAUUUGAUGAUGGAUAUCUUCUUAAUGUGAAGGUAGGUGACACUGAUACUGAGCUGAGGGGCGUUGUCUUUCUACCAGGGCGGUUCACUCCAAUUACUCCAACAAACGACGUGGCUCCUCAUGUUCCGAUGUGCAAAAGAAAAGAGAUGCCUAUCCCAAUUCUCAAUCCGCAUCCUCAGCCUUCCGGUUCUGUGCACCCAGAAAACAGCAAUAAGCAAUCUGUUGAGUCGAAAGACCAAGCACCUACAUUUACAGACCGAAGCCAACCUUCUCAAUCUCAGCCUGGUGUUUUAGUGGCACUUAAGGACCAUUCUUCGAUUGUUAUUAUACCUCAGGAGGAUAGCAUCCCAAAGAAUAAUACUGAUCUUUCAUUGAGUGGAACGUUUAUCUCAUCGCACUCAAGUGAGCCUGGACUGGAUAGCCGAUCCAGCUUUGUAGUGGCCCAAAUGGAGUGUGAUAAAACUGUAGAAGGCAGUGAGGUGUUACAAGAGACUUUAGCUUCCACACUGAUGAAAGGACCUGGUGAAGUGGAGACAAAUGGAAAAUCUAAAACAGAAACAUCAUCUGUACCACUUGUUGACACGUCACUCAAGAUUGAAGUCCCCAAGCUGAUUAAAGAACCUAAUGACGUAGACACAAAUAGAAGUUCAGAAGUAGAACCAUCACCUGAACCAAUUUCUGAGAAAUUGCCUGAUACUGAAACAUCCACACUGGUGAAAGGACCUUAUGAAGUAGAUUCAGAAGUAGAACCAUCACUUGCACCAGUUUCUGAGAUAUUGCCUGAUACAGAAACAUCCACACUGGUGAAAGGACCUAACAAUGUAAAGGAAAACAAAGAAUCAAAAGAGGAACAUGCACCUCCACCAGUUAUUGACAUCUUUCAGGGCAUUGAAGCUGUUGGUGAGGAGUAUAAGUUUCGAGAUCAUGUUUUGAGCUCUGACACUAGAAAGGGUUUGGUUCAGAGUGAGAUGAAAAUUCCGAAUCUUGAACUCAACCAACCACCUCCAGCUGUGGUUUCCAGGUCCGAACUCACAACUUCUGAGGCAGAGGGUAAAUCAGUCAACAAUGGCUAUGGAGAAGGUGUACUGCAAGGGACAGAAUCAAGGCAUGCUAUUGAUGUCUCCAAUAGAGAAGGUGAUGCUAAUAACACCUCAAUCUCAGUCUCUGCAGUAAAUCAAAUCCAACCAGAAAUGAUGUUGGAAGGAGAGACAAUUCCCAAGAUCUCAUCAGACAAAAAAAUGUUCUUUUAGGACCGAAUCAACCCAGAUAUGUAUGUAGUCCUUUUGGUGUCAUUGGCAGCAUGGAAUGUGAUCACAAUGAUGCUCUUCCACUUCCACCUCAACAAUCUUAAAUCAAUUUCUUGCUGCAUUUGCAUCUUCUUUGAUGUUAUAGAGAAAUUGGGGAGGAAGUUGGACUCCAGUGAUGCAUAGUCUAGUAAGGCUGACAAUCUAGUCAUAGAUGCAUAUAUUACUUUCUUAGGGACUCUUUGUGUUCACAUCUCAGGAUGCUUUUUCUUGUCCAUUUUUUUUUUAGUUUCCAUCGCUCUUUUUCUCUCUGCAGAGGGGUUUUUAUUUGUCUAAACAACAAUUUAUCUUCCUGAAUCUCUUGCUUUCUUGUUUGUUUGUUCAUUUGUUCAAUUCCUGUUUUACUUCUUACCCAAUCCACAAAUGAAUAAUAAAAUAUAAUUGGUGUG